AUGGUGCACGUUGCUAAGAACACCCUGGCGGCUUGCCAGACGCACCUUUUCUGGCUGGAAGACCCCUGGUCCCGGCCCGCCUGCGAGUGGGGCGAAGACUGCACCUUUCCGCACCCCAAGCCUGAGGGUCCCGAGGACCCGGGGCUGCUCAGGACCAACGUCGCCCUGCAGACGGAGAGCUCGCAGCUUUCGCGGGUCAGGGCGUACGCAUCGGGCGUGCUGGGCAAGGGCGGCGAGGCCUCCGACACGGGCACCGCCCGAUCCGGGACCAGCAGGUACAGGCAGAAGCUGGCUCUGCUGGAAGCGAGAGAUCCCCAAGAGUUUUCCAGGAGGUGCGUCUCCGACCCGUCUUUGUGCCGGUCGCUGCUGAGGGUCUACCUCCUCGGCGGGGGGCUCUGCGCGAGUCUGGAAGACGUGGGAAAGGCGGUGAUGGAAAUGCAGCUGAUCGAUGAAGAGACUACUUUCUGGGACGACAACUUCCCCAACCUCUCUCGGGAGAGGCAGGCGGGGGCAUUCACCCACGUCCUGAGCCUGGUAUUCGCCAGGGGUGCUUUUCUGUGGGGGUUGGCCGAAGCCGCGACACACGGGCGCAGGUGCGCUCUACGUAUGAUGUUGCUAAAACUCGCGUUGUUUUGCUGCGUGGUCGGUUUGCUUACCUCCCCGGUGUGUCAGUGA